AUGUCCAACAGCAGCUCCAUCAGGCACUUCCUCCUGCUGGCAUUGGCAGACACGCGGCAGCUGCAGCUCCUGCACUUCUGCCUCUUCCUGGGCAUCUCCCUGGCUGCCCUCCUGGCCAACGGCCUCAUCAUCAGCGCCGUAGCCUGCGGCCACCACCUGCACACCCCCAUGUUCUUCUUCCUGCUCAACCUGGCCCUCACUGACCUGGGCUCCAUCUGCACCACUGUCCCCAAAGCCAUGCACAAUUCCCUCUGGCACACCAACAACAUCUCCUACUCUGCAUGUGCUGCUCAGCUCUUUUUCUUUGUGUUCUUCCUCUCAGCAGAGAUUUCCCUCCUGACCAUCAUGUGCUACGACCGCUACGUGUCCAUCUGCAAACCCCUGCACUACGGGACCCUCCUGGGCAGCAGAGCUUGUGCCCACAUGGCAGCAGCUGCCUGGGCCAGUGCCUUUCUCUAUUCCCUGCUGCACACAGCCAAUACAUUUUCCCUGCCCCUGUGCCAGGGCAAUGCCCUGGGCCAGUUCUUCUGUGAAAUCCCCCAGAUCCUCAAACUCUCCUGCUCACACUCCUACCUCAGGGAACUUGGGCUCCUUGCAGUUAGUGCCUGUUUAGGACUUGGUUGUUUUUUGUUCAUUGUUUUCUCCUAUGUGCAGAUCUUCAGGGCUGUGCUGAGGAUCCCCUCUGAGCAGGGACGGCACAAAGCCUUUUCCACCUGCCUCCCUCACCUGGCUGUGCUCUGCUUGUUUGUCAGCACUGGUGUAUUUGCCUACCUGAAGCCCCCCUCCAUCUCCUCCCCAUCCCUGGAUCUGGCCUUGUCAGUUCAGUACUCAGUGGUGUCUCCAGCCCUGAACCCCCUCAUCUACAGCCUGAGGAACCAGGAGCUCAAGGCUGCCGUGUGGACACUGAUGACUGGAGGAUUUCAGAAAUUUUUAAGUGGAUCCCGAACUGCCCCCUCACCAUCCUCUCAGAAGCCCCCAAAAGCGGCUCCGGAUUCCCUGAUUGCUCCCAGCGCCAUAGAUUCCCGUUACAAUCACUUCUGGGAAUUAAUCUCCUGUCACCUCCCGCGGCCCCAUAGCCCCAUAUAA